AUGAACACAGACUCGACCUCGAGCCCCAAUAUGGUUCCAGACAACCUGGUUCCAUCGAUUGUUGAAAGAGGACAUGGCCAAGUCGAUUUGGAUUCGAAUUCUUUGAACCAUUCCGACCAUGAAAUCUCUCAAAAUGAACAUAAUGUUCGCAGAGUUCCCAGCAAUUCAUCAAGAAUCGAUGAGGACGAGCCAUUGCUGAUUUCCGUGCCUUCUGGUCAUCACCUUCAAACCCCGAAUAUUCAAAAAAGAGACUCUCGUCGACCUAGCGGACUCAGAAUUUCGUCCAGAGUGUCUUCGGUCACAAUGCAGUCUUCUAAUUCCAGUCCAGCAUCAUCCAUGACCUCAUUUCUCGACCAUGAAAAUCGUUCACAACCCAAAGACAUACUCCGCUACCCAGUGGUGUCGACCCAUGCAUACUCAUACGCUCAUCUCUCUCCCAAUUCGCUCGCCUUACGACUAAACGUUCUCAGGAGAUCGUUGGAAAUCAUCAAGGAUCAUCCGAAGAUGUUGCGUUCGUUCGAGAAAAACAGAUCAAUCCUGGACUUUGAUCCCCAGAUUCCCCCACGAUUUUACAACUCCGCCAAUAAUUCUUCAGAAGACGUCAGCCACAAGACCUCCAAUGCCUCGUCUGCAGCACUUGCAGCGUUAAUGCGUCCUCCCAUGAAGCGGGCAGACAGUCUUCCAGCUCAAGCCUUGAAACAGAGAAAGGACGAAAAAUACAAGUCCACCAAAAUCGAUGAUGAUUUGGCUCCAGAAAACAUCGAACAUUUCAUCGAGUUGCUUGAUAGAGACAACUCCAAGAUUGCAGCAGACGAAGAAAUCGCUUCGACACUCUAUGACCUUUCGCUCAUCGAGGAAAAUGAGAACAAGGUCGAUCAUCUUGCGUUGCGAUCAACGCUUCUCUACGCUUUAUCCACCCCAUUUUUGGAUUCCGCAACUACUCCCACCACCAUUUUGGGUGGGAACCUUCCCCAGACUGGUGGUCAGAGCGGGACCCACACCCCAAUCAGUGCAUUUCGUCUGUCUGCAACGAUUAGCCAAUUGACCAAUUUGAAUCAGGGCAAUGUCCCAAGUCCUCAGACAGGCACAUUCUCUCGUCCUUUCCAUAAUAUGACUCUGGGAAAGCAUGCUCUUCCUCAGUCAGUCUUCUCCAUGGAGGUUGAUAGUCCUUGGUCAGUAAAGGGAGCAAAUGAUUUAGCCUGCUUGAUGUUCGGAGUACUGAAAUCCACCAUUAUAUCCUUGACUCUUAUGGAUCUUAUUGCACCUCAAUUUCGCCACUUUGUGACGUCUCGCCUUCUUCACCAGGAGGACAAAAAUAUCAUUCUUGCUGGCGAGAUUGUUGCAAUUGUCAGGCUGGGAGGCAGUGACUAUGCUUGGACUUCAAUGUGGGCUAAACGUACAGGAUCGACUAUCAUUUGUAUGUUUGAGCAAAUUCCUUGUGAUGCCUUUGACAUGUUACUUCUGGCUCCUCGCAACAACGACGAACCAUACACCGUCAAAAGUAUCAAGAAGGUUGCGGGCCUGUUGAUUGACGAACUUGGAGAUCAAAUUCACGGCAUUAAAGAUUUUUCCCACUCGCUCGCUGCUCAACUUAGCUCUCAAAGCAAUCCACUAGCUGACGUUCCUCGCGACUAUGAGGACAUAACACGCAUCAACCUGACUAGAUACUACACCAUUCGUCUCAAAUCACGAGAGAAUAUUCCCUGUGCCAUCACCUCAAAUCCUGUUGAAUUAGACGACGAUAGGUGGGAGGUGAAAUUAAAGUUACAUUCCAUGCCUUAUAUUGCUGGAAUGUUUGUUUUAGACUCUUAUGACCAUAGCGUUCUUUCGUGCAAUAAUGCUAUCGCCAAGAACCUUUUUGGUAUAGCGGCAGAUGAACUUGUGGGCAACUCUUUCACCACUAUAGUUCCCAAGUUUGAUGAGAUUCUUCUGCUAGGUCUUUCGGAAACUGGAUAUGAUAUUCACGCCAAUUCUGGGCUUGUUUUACCAGAGCACUUUUUCCGAAGAUAUGAUGCAUGGAGAAGGGCAGACGAGUCAGAGAACAAGGAACAACUUUUCUUCAACUCGCAGGGUAUCGAGGGUUUACACAGAGACGGCUGCACCAUUCUAGUGGACGUCCAAUUGAGAACAGUCCAAGACACUUUCGUCUUGUGGGUAACUUACUCAAGAAAGACCAAGGCGAAAAAGAAUGCCAAGAAAAGGCAAACACAAACCACCAAGCUGGAAGAAGAAUUGGAAUCUCCCAAACGUAAUUCCCUCAAUGUUUCUCGUGUGCUGGAAAACAAUACUCCUCUACAAGGCUUCUCGAGGAGCGACGUUGACCUCCCUUCACAGCUUCAAUUGUUCCCGGAGAACGAGUCUGAGAUCGUCGAACUAGGUUCGAGUAGUACAGAGGUAAGUCGUCACAAUAGUUUCAAAGCUCCCAAGUCAAGACCAAAAACACUUGCGCUUCCAAUAACUCACUUGAGCCUGCCAUUCAAUAGGUCGAAUCUGUCGGAAAAUAUUGACGUCAAGAUAGCCACGGCUUCUUCGCCAAGUCAACUGGCAGGAAAUAAAGAAGCUGACGUUCAAGACCAGCUAUCAAGUCUGCCUCUGCAAUCUGCUACACCUGCAAGACAAGGUGAAAUUUCACACAAGGAGUACACAGAAGAAGAAUUGCUGCAAUUGGAAAACGACUAUAUUGCUUCAAAAAAGCAGCAAUCUGCUCUCUGGCCAGUCACUGUCGGUGACAAAAGAAGGACCAAAAAGUUUAGUGAUUUCCAGGUGUUGAGAAAUCUAGGUGAGGGUGCCUAUGGAAAAGUGGUCUUGGUUCAACAUCGACAAGAUUCGGGGUAUAAGGUGAUUCUCAAGUGUAUCGACAAAGAACGUAUCUUGGUGGAUACUUGGGUCAGAGACCGAAAGUUGGGAACCAUUCCUUCUGAAAUUCAGAUCAUGUCCUACUUGACUAAUGAACCACAUCCCAACAUUAUGCGUAUCAUAGAUUUUUUCGAGGACCGCAAGUACUAUUACCUUGAAACACCUAUCUUUGGAAACCCUCCAGCCAUCGAUUUGUUCGACUUCAUCGAGGUGAGAUCAAAUCUUAUGGAGUCAGAGUGCAAAUUCAUAUUCCGGCAAAUUGUCCUGGCCAUCUGUCACCUCCACAAACACGGAAUUGCUCAUCGUGAUAUUAAGGAUGAGAAUGUCAUUGUAGACGAGAAUUGUGUCAUCAAGAUUAUCGACUUUGGAAGUGCCGGUUAUACCAAACUGGGACCAUUUGAUGUGUUUGUAGGAACCAUCGACUACGCAUCGCCCGAAGUUUUGAGAGGUGAAAAGUACGAUGGAAGACCACAAGACGUGUGGGCCCUUGGAAUUCUCCUCUACACAAUGCUCUAUAAAGAAAACCCAUUCUACAACGUUGACGAAAUCAUGGAAGGAGACCUUCGCAUUCCUUAUACUUUCAGCGAAAAGUGCACAAAUCUCAUCCGACGCAUUUUGGUUCGUGACAUCCCGAGCAGACCAACAGUGGCAGAUAUCAUGGAUGACGAGUGGCUCAGGUCAGACUAA